AGCUGAACCGGAAAACAAACUCUCCCGAUUCUCUGGCUCGCUCGGCUCCCUCAACACCUGAAGAAGAGCAAAGAGAGCAGAGAAUCUUGUCAGUGAAAAUCUGGAAGAAUCGGCAAUGCGAGAGGAGCAUAGUCCGGGUAGGGACGGUCGUCGAAGUGGAGGACUGAGGUCGUUGAUAGAGCCACGCUUUUUGUCAUCCUUUGCUUUAAACGACGGUGGUUCGAUUUCUGGACGGAGAUCUUCCUACCUGAAACUUCCUCCUCAGGGUCGUAUCAAGCUUUCCGUCGUUAAGCUCAACGGUUCCCUUUUCGAUGUGGAAGUCGCAAAGGAUUGCUCUGUGGCAGAGCUCAAAAGAGCUGUGGAACAAGUAUUCACCAUUUCUCCUCUCGAAGCUCACGGCAUGAUUUCAUGGUCCCACGUCUGGGGUCAUUUUUGCUUGUCUUAUCGAGACCAGAGAUUAGUCAAUGACAAGACGAGCAUCCGCUAUCUCGCUCUCAGUGACGGGGACCAAUUACGUUUCGUAAGGCAUUUGUCGAUAGACCACUCUCCUAUGAACAAAAGAUCCAAGAGCCCGAGUUGCAAGCGCUAUCUCGAGUUGGAAGUGGAAUCCAACGUCAACGAAAUCCAACUACAAAACCAAAACCACAACGGUGUGGAUGAUGUAGCUGACAAGUGUUAUCCAGGAGCACAAGACGAGUUACCAGCAGCAGAAUUCAGACUAGUUAACUUCAUUAAAGGAUGGUUGCCGUAUGCUGGACGUUGGGGAGUGUCCAGAAAAGGACCCGAUAGUCGCAGUGGUCCUUCCAGAUUUUCUUUGAAGCAUUUCGGUGGCAGACCCAAGAUGUAAAUCCUGAAGAAAUGCAGAAACCGUGGAAGCAAGUGCAGAAGACUUUCAUUCUCGGUCUAUUCUGCAUUCUGUGAUCCACGAAGAGUAUACCACUCAAUAAAGUAAAGUAAUCCGCUAGGCACAGCCACUGAGGUUGUUACAUGUCAGGAUUCUACUUUCUAAAGAAAUUGGUAUGACUGAUGGAUCUCUCUGCAUGUGGGUCUAAUCUAAUAUUGGAUGUGUAAUAGUCUCAUUGUCCUGCUGCAUGCAAUGGAAUGUAACAUCAAAAGGUGAGAGCAUAGUGCAUACAGCGACUUACACAAUCUGCCAACAGUAAAAACGCAAAGAAGUGGGAUAUUUGA